AUGUGUACGCGCUGCGCCUCGUUCUUCGUCAGCUUGAAACGCAGAUGUCCUAGACCAAGUGGACUCUUCAACCUGGUCAUCACCAAAGCGUGUGUCUUGGGUCUGCUCUUUGGCGCAGUGUGGUCAGUAACGGGAAUUGAGUGUUUGCCGGGAGGGAAAGUGUUCGGUGUGGUCAUCAUCUUCAUCAGCGCUGUUUUGGGCGGGCGACUUGUGGGCAUGGUCCAGUUUCCAGGCCUGCCUCCCAUUCCGCCACUGCUUGGGAUGCUCCUGGCUGGCCUCAUCCUGAGGAACGUUCCGUACGUGACGGACGCAGUCUAUGUGGAGGCCACCUGGUCUGCGGCUUUAAGGAGCAUUGCGCUGGCUGUCAUCCUGGCUCGAGCCGGUCUGGGCCUGGACCCCUCGGCGCUACGUCGUCUUAAGGCCGUGUGCCUGCGCGUAGCGGUCGGGCCUUGCAUCCUGGAGGCUUGCGUCGUUGCCGUGGUUUCUCACUUUCUGUUGUCUCUGCCGUGGGUCUGGGGUUUCCUUCUUGGGUUCGUCCUGGCGGCAGUGUCUCCAGCCGUGGUGGUUCCAUCCAUGUUGCUGCUUCAGAAGGAAGGUUACGGAACUGAGAAGGGCAUCCCGACACUCCUGAUGGCGGCUGGCAGCUUUGACGAUAUUUUGGCCAUCACGGGCUUUUCCACAUGUCUUGGCGUGGCCUUCUCCACAGGUUCCACGUGGAUGAGUGUCCUGAAGGGUCUACUGGAGGUGGUGGGCGGAAUAGUGGCUGGCAUCGUCCUGGGCUUCUUCUUGUGCUUGUUCCCCAGUGGGGAUCAGGAGGACUUGGUGGUGACCAGGAGUUUCCUCCUUUUGGGGUUCUCCAUUUUCGCCAUCUUCUUGACUCAAGUAUUGGGCGCGUCUGGGGCUGGCGGCCUUUGUACCUUGGUUCUGGCCUUCCUGGCCGCACUGGGCUGGGGCGCUGACAAGAUGGGCGUUGCAGCCAUUUUAGGUAGGUGCUGGGAUGUAUUCCAGCCCCUCCUUUUUGGCCUGAUCGGAGCAGAAAUCAUCAUAACGACGUUGAGCCUUAACACCGUGGGUUUGGGCGUGGCUGUGAUAGCCAUCGGUUUGGUGUUGCGACUGGUUGCCACCUUCGUGUUGGUGCACGGUGCUGGAUUUGUCCUCAAGGAGAAACUCUUCAUUGCCAUUGCUUGGCUACCCAAAGCAACGGUGCAGGCAGCCAUCGGCUCCAAGGCGUUGGACGCGGCAAGGGACGUGGGAGACGACGCCUUGGUGAAGUUUGGCUUGGACGUGCUAACUUUAGCCGUGUUAGCCAUCUUGAUCACCGCCCCCAUCGGAGCGCUGGGUAUCGGCCUGGCUGGGCCACGCCUACUAAGCCGGCAAGACAAAGGUCAACUCUCAUCAGAAACCGUGAACGGGGUGCCACCGCUGCCUGGUCAAUAUCAAGACUCUGUGGUUUUUGAGAGCAGACUGUGA